AUGACAAAAUCUACUACUGCCUCUCGUGGCCGAGGUGGCACGCGCAGAGGAAGAGUAAAGAACUUUUCCGACUCGCGUGUACAAGCUGCUUAUGAGCGACAACGCGACCUCAAGGCUACCUAUCAAGCUGUUUCUUUUGCCCUCAAGCCCGCGCUUCAGGAGCUUGCCGAGCGUAGCGUUGAUGAGAUGCUACAAAAGCCAGACUCCUACAAGCAAGCCGGGGAAUACUUCCCCACAGUCGCUCAGCUCAAGGACAAGCUUGAUAACAAGCUACGGGAGUGUGACCGACGCCUCGAAUGCGACCUGAAUCUUGCCAAGCACACCUUUUCUGCGGAGAAAUACGUCACCGAAAAAGAAUUUCAGAACGGUGUCUGUGACAUGCUGGAGCAAUUUUACGAAGGCCAAGAGAAUCGCCUGCGUAUACUCGGCUCGCUCCACUCCAAGAAGUUACCUGUUGACAUUCGUGAUGAUCAAUAUGAAUAUCGCGUCAUUAGUGACGCUUACUUGGACAACGAAUUUGGCAUCUACGAAUGCUACAAGAAUGGAUACCUUGUGCCGUACCCCUCACGCGUCAUUGGCACGGAAAUGUGGAGGAAGCACCGUGAAGCCGACGCUGCCGUCACCGCAACUAGAGAAUCUUCCAAUUCUUCCGCAAGAGGCCGAGGAAGAGGCCGUGCAGGCGGUGGUGUCAAACGAAGAGCCGCAGACCAGCCGGACGGCCAGUCCGCUCCCAAAAGAUCUAGUCGCAACACGGACGACAGUCAGCUCCUUGCACACGCUCCCAUAGCCCCAGCUCCAAUGAAAGGGCUGUUGGCCUCGGCUGCCAACGUGGACAAUGAUCCAGAGGCUGCGCUCGGAGAAGAAGAGUCUGUACCAGCUUCUCCAGAACCUCCAUUGCUUAACGGAAACGCUUCCUCAUUCACGGCUCAUUCUCCAAGUCGGCAGCUCGCUCGCGAGAAGAGCCCUCAGCUGCCCAAGAGCAUCGGAGAGCCGGAUGAGUAUGGCGUCCGUACUUAUAGCCAACGACCAUCCAUGCGUGAGAAGGGCAUCAACAGUCGAUUCCUCGCACCCCGUCCGUUCUUGUUCGAUGCGUGGGACAUUGGCUUUAGAGACUCGUCCAACGACUCCACCAAGGGUCACACACGCGCCAAGAGAGGAAAAUAUCUUGAUACUCCGAACAGCAACGGAAUUCACUUUGACCAUUGGUGCAACGGGUACGAUUACUCAGCCGCGCGACCUGAGGACUUUGACCGAGAUUUGGUCAAAAAGCAUGGCGUGCACCCAACAUACGGCAUCUUUCUGCCCUCGAGCAAAAACGAGUCGGAGCCUCCGGAUCCUUAUGUCAUGCCGGGAAAGCCCAACGUGUUUGUUGCCAAUCCGUCUGGGAGAAUAUCCCACGCAUCGAGGUCUUUCCAAUCUACGACAAAUGAACGUCGCUCGGAAGAGCUGCCUCUGCGCACCAAGAUGAAGGCGAAUCUUCGCAGAUUCUGCAAGAUUUCAAAGAUUGACGUCGAGGACUUGUCUAUUGCCGACCAUGUUGAAUCCAAGGACGACCUUCGGCUCAAGUCACUUGGCAUUGCGCAGAAGGAACUAAGCUCGCGGCCUCGAUUGUCCGAGACCACGUCGGAAGCAGAGGCAGAGGCAGGAGCAGGAGCUGAAGUAGACUCAGAAACUGCAACUGGAGCUCAAGCUGAAGCCGAAGCUGAUGCGGUAGCAGAAGCAGACGUUGAAGCGGCACGGGAGGCAGAAGAAAGAGAAGAGGAAAAAGAAGAGGAAGAAGCAGAGACAGGAGAGGGAGAGCAAGAGGAGGAGAAGCAGGUGGAGGAGAAGCUACCGUCGAAAGAACCUGAGCAGCCUGACGGCAUUCUGUCUGCCCUGUCUGUGUUGACUUAUGCCACCGCAUAUGUUGCAGCCCAGGAUGUUAGUCGCGCAGCUCCUCCCCCCGCGAAGCCUGCCCGAUACGAUGCCAUUCGUGAUGUCUUUACAGACUCAAAACCUGAUCCUGCUCCGGCUUUGGAGAGCAACAGCAUGAAGCUGAAAUUUCUCUCAGAACUGUGCAACUUCGAGUCACGACUUCCAGGUUCAACUCCGGAGCGGGAAUCAUCGGGUCAGAGCCACGCGGGCCUUGUCCCUGCCUCUGACAACAGAGCACCUCUGCAGCGACAAGAGCCUCCUCCUGUUGCGUCUUAUGGCCGUGCUCCCAUUCCUUCGAGGGUCAGUCAGGAGCCACCACCUCCAGUCUACAUGCAGAGCCAGGCCGAUCGCAUGACCUUGCCUCCUGCUGGUCCACCUCACGACCGACCUGCUCACGACCGACCUGCUCACGACCGACCUGCUCACGAUCGACCUGCUCACGAUCGACCUGCUCACGAUCGACCUGCUCACGACCGACCUGCCUAUCCCGUGCCCACUCCACAGCAAGAAUACAAGCCGAGUGUCCUUUCGUCCGGUCCAGCCAUGCAAGAGCUUGCAUGCUACUAUCCUCCCCCUCCCCCUCCCCCUCCGCCACCACCUCCUCCGCCACCUCCUCCUUCCAACGGCUCUUAUCCGCCCGACCCUCGCCCUAUCGACCCCAGCUACAAUCCCCGCCGAUUGAGCAGCUACGGGCUUGAAAAUUCACAGCAACCGGUAUACAGCCGCGUAUACUGGCCUCAGCAACCUCCAGCUCCCGCCCCCCCUGGCCCUCUGUCGGCACUGCCAACAGCUGGACCGGUUCCUCCGCUAUCUCAUCAAGCCCAUCCUACCCUUCCUCCAGCACUGCCAGCUUCGAGAAUGUCGUUCUCUCAGACUUUGAACGCGGAACCACUUCCGCCUUUGAGACCGCCUCGCGGCCGCACUCAAUCAGUUCCCGAGGAGCUGUCCUACGACGCCAACAUGCGUGGGGGCAUGUAUAGCUCAUACUAUCCCCCGGCCCCCUCCCGGUCCUACAGUCGUGGAUAUCCCAUCACCGAACCGCAUCAGUCUCAUCUUCUUCACUCCAUGUCUGGCGACAGAACUUUGCCGAAACCGCAACAGGGCGGCCAUUCGUACAUGGGAUCUCCUCCGCCUCCGGCUUACGCAUCGCAUAUCAUGUCGCCCACCUUUUGUACUGCAUCCGGCCUUACGGGAGGGAUGAUGCACAGUCCCCCGGGGACUCCCCAUGGCGGGCCUCCGGGCCCAGUGCAUCGGCACAGAUCGACGCCGUCUGGAUCAUCAGACGCGGGAUCAAACAAGUACCGCAAGCUGCAGCCUGCUCCCGUCCCAGCCCACCGAGCGUGGUCCAACAAGCCUGAGCUGAAGACGAUCCCCUACGAUCAUAAAGAAACAGGGUCCUCUGCCGCGCUGCCCAGCUCGGGUCCCACCCAGAUAAGAGGAUGGAACGUGAACCAGCAUCGCAAGCGGGGCAAGCAGGAGAAAGGGGACUCUUCACUCGAUAGAGACGAAUCCAGAUAG